AUGUCUCUAGUCGAUACCUUCAUCAGAGAGCACUGGAAUAGAGACCAUUUCGACCACAUCGCGAAUUCCGUCAAAGGCACCAUCUCCACUGCACUCAGAGAAGACCCACCAGAUAAGCGGAUAUUGCACCAACUGUCCGCAAGAGCGAAAGAUGAGACGUCCUUGAGAAAGAAACUUCAAUCCCGCCAUAAAUCUCGACCCUUCGAUAGCAUAGAUGCUAUCAAGGGAUGUGACUACGUAUGGGACCUGGCUGGAGUCCGAGUUCUUGUUUAUUUCCCCGAUGACAUCCUCGGUGUCCUAGAAAAGGUUCUCGCCAAGUUCCAGGACAGAUUAGCCAGCGAUCCCUACGUGCGAGACAACAAGCGCGAACACAAGAAGCUGCCCGUAAAGGAUUGGGAUGUUGUCGGUGAAGAAGACCAGCUCAUGGCUCUGACCCGUAUCAGGGGAGAUUUGAGCGGGCCAUGGCGCGAGCGACCGGCAGACCAAGUGGUAAGAGACUGGAAGCACUAUGGCUACCUCGCUGUUCAUCUCCACGUCUUCGCGGACGAUAUCAAAACUCAACUUGAGGUGGAGGAACGUUCACCUGUACCUGAGGAGGUUGCUAACAACCAUGAGGGGAAACGUGAAGAAGAGUGGCAGGAAGAUCAAGAGCAAACUCGGGAAGGAGAUCACUCCUGGAAGAGACGUGUCGAGAUCCAGAUCACUACCGUGGUCAUGCACGCCUGGUCAGAAGUCGAGCAUGAUAUUGUCUACAAAAAUCCAUGGAAUCUUCCUCCAGAUCAAGCGAUGGACCGAAUGCUGGAUGCAAUCAACGGACUUUCAAUCACAAGCGAGAUUCUACUGCGCCAACUGCAACAAAGCAUAACAUCAAUCACCAGCCGCGAAGACCGCAAUAUUGACAAUUCCGAAUUGGAAUGGAUUCUAGAAGAGUGGUAUAGGGGACUCUCCUCAUCGACAGAUCGAAGCUCCCCUAGGUCACCCCUGGGAUCUACCUCCCGAUAUACACCAAUGUUACGAGCCAUUCUCGGAUCUCCAUUGUUUGGAAAAGUCACAACGCGUCGGCAAUUGCGCCCACUGCUCCAAAAGCAUCAAGACUCCAUCGUCAGCCCUGCUUCUAGACUACUCGAUCUCUCUCGGAAUUUCCUGUGCGUCUUGGGCAAUGAGCUGGAAGGCCGAAUGAAGCCUUGGCGCAAUGAACCAUCUCCACCGCGCCAAAGCGAGAACCAUUUCGGCGUCGAGUUGCUGCACAAAAUGCUACACAUCACGAACACGGUCAGCAUUGCCGCAGCAUUGAAAGCAUUGAGCGGAGAGGAGGUCAAAGGCUGGAAACUUAAAGGAAAUCUCCAAGAUUCCUUCUAUGAAGACAACAGGGUCAUCACCAACGCUCUGCAAUCAUUUUCAAGAUACCGCGAAGGAGGACUGAGAGACCAGCUUCGGGAGAAGCUGCAACAAGAAAUCGCGGAGAAAGGAUUCGAAGAUCGAUUCCUCCCGGGAUUACAUCGAAACAGCGAGAUGAAAUUAAGCAGAGCUGUCUACAACACAAUGCCAGAUAUAGAGUUUGCACUUGAUAUAAUAUCGGGCAUAGUGCAUGGCGACUUGCGACCAUUGUCAGACGGACUGCAGGUGGCCCAGAUCAAUACACUCGUAUGCGCAGUAGAUGCACACAUCCGACGACAAUGCCCGUCUCUCUACGAACCCGCUCUAGCAAUGGCCAACAUGUCCUUCUUCAUAAUAACUGAAAAUUGGGCCACCUUUCCCCAGCUUACUUCUCAUCAUGAACACCCAAUGGAUCAUAUUGACGAUCCUAUCCGAGUCAAUCACAAAGUCCUAGAGGAUUUCCUGCGCAAGGUCACCCUGAUGGUAGAUCGACGACCUGAGUUACCGGGCAUAUUUUGCACACGUUCGGUGGAAACCAUGAUAUAUUGCAACGACAUGGAGGCUUUCGAACAGCGAGACCAAGAGAUUACAGAACAUGAAAGCAAGAAAGCGGAAGCCUGUCGGUCAGAUCUGGUCCUCCGAUCAUAUGAAAGCCGUUCACAAGAUUGGUUGUGGUAUUCGCGGGAUCAGUGGGGGAAAUGUUCGUAUCAAGUCGCGGAUAUGGCAAGUGCGGUCGAGGUGAGUCAUAUGGUGUGGGUCCCCCCAGAGGUGGUAUUCGCGUACCUCAAGCUGAGAGACACUGGGGUCUUGGAUUUCUAUUUGUCAAGCAAAUUGUGGGAAGGUCCAUCGAUAAACCUCGAUUUCCGUGAUAGUCCACCCGAAACUGAGACCCUGAGGAUGUCUUGUCUGGAAGAUGACAUCAUUGAUAGUUUGAUGCGGGCCCAGGAUAACGACCAAGAACCAUUGCCCUGA